AUGCAGUGCAGCUGGUCUACAACACAGAAAGAGAACUCAGAUUGGAAAUAAAUUUAUAUGUUAACUAUCGCAUAUAUCAUUUGAUUUUGAUUUUAAAUAAUCAAAUGCAUUUUUGUUGCAGACAUAAAUAUAAGACUAAUAAAAAGCAAGUGACUUGCCUAUGCUUUUCCUAAGUAACUAAGCGUUUCAUACAUGUUUAAAGCAAUUGACAGAAUAUCCAACGUAACUGUAAGCCGUCCUACAUCGUUGGAUAAUACUUCAUAUACCGACGUUAAUCGCAACAGCUGUAAACAAGUACUACGAAAAACUAGUGAAAUGGCGCCAGAAGCACACACUCGAUUCGGCAGUCAAUACAAGGAGUUACCGGCCUCAUCACCUGAUGUUAUUCCAAACUCUGAAAAAAACGAAUUCAAUCGCGAAACGAGAUUAAAAUGUGUUUUACUUGGAGAUGGUGCAGUAGGAAAAACAAGCCUUGUCGUCAGUUAUACCACAAACGGAUAUCCUACUGAAUAUAUUCCAACAGCUUUUGAUAAUUAUUCUGUUCGAAUUCAAGUUAACGAAAACCCCGUCCGGCUUCAACUGUGUGACACAGCUGGUCAAGACGAAUUCGAUCAUUUGAGGCCACUGUGUUAUGCCGGAACCGAUGUUUUCAUCGUUUGCUUCAGCGUGGUUCGACCAACAUCAUUUCACAAUAUCCGAGAAAAAUGGUGGUCGGAGAUCAAACGUCACCACCCCAAAACUCCAGUUGUUUUGGUUGGCACACAAAGCGAUUUACGUAGCAGCGUUGACGUCUUGAUCGACCUGGCGCGCUUCAGUGAAAAGCCAGUAUCGGAGGAAGAGAUCCAACAACUUGCCCACGAUAUUGGAGCCGUACGAUACGUCGAAUGUUCCGCACUUACGCAAAAGAACUUGAAAGAAGUUUUCGACACAUCAAUUGUUGAAGCUAUGGAACGUCACGAACGGACUUUACGCAAAAACGCGAAGAAAAGUCGUUCAUUUUUGCACGGCGGAAGCCGCGAAAAAGCUCAGCGUAAAGCCAAAGAAAUGCGUCGUAUUUCUGUAGCAUGGUGGAAAAAAUACUGCUGCAUGGCGUGAACUGACACCGAAGACUGUGAAAACACAACACGCUAGGGCGGUUGUGUCUGUGUUCAGUUUUUGAGCGCUAAAAGCGCCGGUGCCGAACAGCACCAAUUUACAGAAUAGAUAAGUGAGCUAUUUUAUGCUGUACGGUAGUUUCUAAAACAACCGAACUUUCUAAGUGAGCAAGAACUCUCAUUUGUUAUUAUUAACAGUUUCCGACCAUAUGUUCGCAAUUUAUUAUUUUUUCCUUAAAUGAUUGAAAAUUUGUUAUGAGAACUUUUAUCACCCAUGUAAUUUGACCAUUUUCUAUAGACCAAGCUUGAUAAAAGUUGUCUAUGUCGUCCUUGUUGAUUUGUUUUUGCUGCUCUAGUGAAAGGCCGUGGUCGGACGAAGUUGUUUGUAUAACCAUCGCAAUUUGCCUGUGUAUAUUAUCAUUAAUAUGCAUUUACACUGUGGUAUAUUUUGUCUGUCUGUACUGUAUUCAGACUAUGGACCGUAAUUUAUGUUAUUAAAGUUGGCAAUUCGGUCAAUUCCCCGUAAGAAUUAUUUUAGGGCUAUAAACUUUUAGGGUAACGUUUCAUUUACCACUUUGAAAUGUUAUAAUUUGGUAAUCAGAAAAUGUUACGGUUGAUUGAGAAUUCAAUCACAUGUUUUAUGGCGUUGACAACUCUGUGUAUAAAUAAAAGAAUAUAUAAUAUUAAGUCCAAUGCUGGUAAGUUGGGCGACGUCCGGCGAGCCUAGACGUUACACUGUGUUAUACGUACUGCAUAUGCCUUUUCAUCCCAGCAUGUUCAGUCAUCAUUUUAUAGCCUUUCUGCUGGAUGAGUGCCACACGGACCAAAUGUAAAAUUUCACAUACAAGUCCUUUUUACCAUGUAGCGAAAUGUACUUCACUGCAAUGAUGAUGUCAUAAUGUUACGAGGCACUAAGUUAUUUAUCUUUGUUUUUUUCUUCAACAUUAUUGUUUUUGCGUUGUUCUUCUGUCAUUAUCAUUAUUAUUUCUCUUUGUUAUUCUGUGGCAUUCUACUAGUACGCCCAAUGCAAUCUUUUUUUCGUAAGUACUUUAAUUCUGCUGAUAGCAAUCUUACAAACAAAUAAACAAAAACAAAUGAAA